AUGACGUCCCUCCGCCGGCCUCUUGCAUCCGGGGCCCGGCGCCGGCCGGGCAAGCGGGCGGGGGGAGGAGAGGAGGAGGAGGCGACGGCGGCGGCGGCGGGGGGGAGAAGCGAGCUCCUCCGGGUCACACGGGGACCAGCACCGCCCCUGUGCCGCUGCCGCGAGCCGCUAGAGGGGGCUCGGCGACCCCCGGUCAGGGCUCGGGGCCGCGGACGCCGCGACGAAGGGGUUCCCGCGCGGCUGAGGGGGCGGUCUCCCCACUGCGAAGCUACAGUACUAACCCCUAGGCUUCCCGCCCGACUCUGCCUUCCGGGCCGUAUUUAUCCCUCACGACUUAGUCCUCCAGUUAAUUAUUUUAUUACUCAGAGCUCGAAGAGCGGCCAUAAACGCUGGCCUGGCCCCAGGAGCCGCCCACGAGGAGGCGACUGGGCCCGGCCGGCCGCAGCGAAGGCCGGGACCCCAGAGUGGCCCGGCAUGUGGCGGGGCGCGUUCCCGCCCAAGGCCGCGGCCGUCCGCGCACCGCCGCCCGCCAUCGAGUUUCCUGAGGAGAGCCCGGAGCCGCGCUUUGACGAAUCGGAUGUGCCGGCGGAGUUGAGAGUUGCAAACGGGUCACAAAAGUUUGUGAAUUUCACCUCGACCAUCCAAAACCAGCUGCUGCUUGUGUCUCUGCUGGAGCAUCUCUGUCACAUGUACACGCACAACCCUGUUCAUUCGAGGUGUUUGUUCAGAAUACUUCGUCAGGCUUUCACAAGAACAGGGUUGCUCUCCCCUUUUGCCUUUUGUGAUGAAUUUAGUACUGUAAGACUGCAGCAUAAUAGAGCCAUUACUGAACUAAUGAAAGCAGCUAAUCGACAAAUACUUAAUGGGGAACUUGACAAUGGAGAUUCUCAUGCAAUUGGGGAAAAAGAAGUUCUCUUUGAAGCACAGACUUCACGAUACUUGAAUGAAUUUGAUGAGAUUGCAAGGCUAGGAAAAGGAGGAUAUGGUAAAGUAUACAAGGUCAGAAACAAGUUAGAUGGUCAGUUCUAUGCUAUUAAAAAAAUUAACAUUAAGAAGGCUACAAGAAGAGAUUGCAUGAAGGUGCUACGAGAAGUUAAGGUGUUGGCUGGGCUGCAGCAUCCUAAUAUUGUAGGCUAUCACACUGCUUGGAUGGAACAUGUUCAAACAGUGCACCCAAAAGCAGAUAAAACAAUAAUGGAGUUGCAGCCAUUACCGUUGGAGCAAGAGAGUUGCAAUGAUCACUGUCAGAUUCAGAGUGUGGAAAGUGGUAGUUCAAUUAUCUUCGCUGACAUUACUCCACAAGAAAAGAAGUCCUGUGACAGUACCAGUCUUGGAAAUCUGGGUAGUGAAUCAGUGCGGAAUAUGGAUGUAAGGAGCGAUUUUACAAACAGCAAUAGUAAAGAGUGUAUGAAAGCAAAUACAUGUGAAUUACCCAUAGAAUUGCAAGAAGAUUCUGUAAGUAGUCUUAGCAGUAGAUCAACUGAUGAGAAAAAUCAUCCAGCACGAGGACCUCAUUCUAGUCUGAAUCAAGAUGCUAGCACUGCAACCAAGUCCUGCACUGAAGAAUACUCCAACAAGUGUGAUGUAGCUCUCUGUGGAGAGUUUGAGGUGGAGUAUCGUUUGAUGCUUCAUAUACAGAUGCAGCUCUGUGAAUUAUCCUUGUGGGACUGGAUUGUUGACCGUAACAAAAGAUAUGAUGAGAGAACAGAGGAGAUUUCCAGUCCAUACCACCUUGUGGAUGUCCACUGGACAACGAAAAUUUUUCAAGAGUUAGUAGAAGGUGUGUGUUACAUCCACAGCAUGGGAGUGAUGCAUCGAGACAUUAAACCCAGAAAUAUCUUUUUACAUGGCUCAGAUCAUCGUGUAAAAAUAGGAGACUUUGGAUUAGCCUGCAAAGACCUUCUCUGGGAUGAUGCAGACCAGUGGCUUAAGACACCAAGGAUAAAUGGACUGACACACACUUCAGGGGUAGGAACUUGCCUCUAUGCCUCACCAGAACAAUUGCAGGGAUCUCACUAUGAUUUCAAGUCAGAUAUGUACAGCAUGGGUGUUAUCCUGCUAGAACUCUUCCAGCCUUUUGGAACAGAAAUGGAAAGAACAAAAGUUCUCACACAUUUAAGGAAUGGCCAAAUUCCUCAUACUUUCUACAAAAAAUGGCCUGUUCAAGCCAAGUACGUUAAACUCCUCACCAGUCAGAGAUCUACAGACAGGCCAUCUGCUGCUCAACUUCGUGAAAGUGAACUAUUUCAUACCACAGAACAUGUUAUUUCUAACCUACAACAGAAAGUGAAACAGCAAGAGGAAGAAAUAGAGAAACUGAGAGAGAGAAUAAGGCUGCUUUCUGAAGGACAAGAUGAUGAACACAUGAACCUGGGUUCUCCUGUUUAAUUACAGGAAGAACUAACCUCUCUUGUGUGCUAAGUUAUAUUAAAGGUUUCUUUUUUUUACAUAAAAA